ACUGGAAUGUUUUGUGGCUUCUGAUAAAAUUACUGAACGGACAACCACUGGCUUUUAACAGUUUGCAUCUAAACUCACUGAUAUCACAGGAAUCACUUGCAGUCCACUAGAUUAAAUGGGAGCAGAAUAUUAUCCACUGUUUCCAACAGUGAUCAUCUCUUGGGUACUACUAAACGUCACUCAGCAUUACUGAAAUUGCCCUAUGUCAUUGUUGUGACCAGAUCUCUCUCUCCCUUCCUCAACACUUCACUGUGAUGCCAAGCAAUUUUCUGUUUUAACUGUCAUUUUAUUCCUUUCGAGGUUCCACGCUUAAGACACACUUCUGGUUUCAUCUCUGUUAUCCUUACGGUGUCCCUUGUUUGAAUUGAAGGAUGGCUAAAGCUUUACCAAAGGGGCUUAACCUUGUCUACCUCUCACCAUCAAAGGUGGCGUUGGUCUAACUGCAGUAAGAUGAGCUGUUCCUUUAAAAGGGAAAAAAAAUCCUCCAUAAUUCAAUUCUACUGCCAAAAGGAGCUUCCAAUACACACCUGACCUGCCAGAGAGCCUUUCCAUGCGGGAUUCAACAGGCACUUUGUGUGCUUAUGAUUGUGUUACCUCUAGUUAGUCCUUCAGGGAUUAAGAUGAUAAUUUUCACAGGAUUUUAAGGAAAGAUUGUCUAGCCUGUCUACUCAAAGUUUUUCACAAAGUGUUUUUUAAGACCUGGCAAUAACCUCCAGUUUUAUAUAAGCUCUGAAGAUUACAAUCUUUGUCAAGAGAAGUCAGAGCUCGUGCAUGAUGGUCUUCUUAAAAUGAGAGAUGACCUUUAGAUGUUGGAACUGAAUGAAGACCAGCCAAACCUGCUGGAAGUCAGCAUCCAUAAUGCAGUGGUUCUGCUGGCAUGUGGCAGUGAAGAUGAGCCUAGGAUUUCUGUGUCUUUUUCUGGUUUUCAGCACAGCUUCGUGCAUAAGAAGAGAAAAUAAGAAAGAGAAGCAAAUGGCAGUGCUGGCUACUGCAGAGCUGCCGGCAAAGUCCCUGGACCUGGCUGCUAUUAAUCUGACAGAGCUGGUGAAUGGGAUGCUGAGCUCUGCACUCAGAGGUACCAAAAAACUGUUCUCUUUGUUGAGUGUCACGUCUUACAGCUCAUUCGCCUUCCACAAAGUGUCAGUCACCAUUUAUAACAUCUCUAAUGCAAAAAAUGUUGACCCUGGCAAGUUCCCUAUGCACUACUGCUACUGUUUGAACAAUGUGACAAAUGACUUGACAGAUUUUACAGCUUUACUUGUUGAUAUAAUUGGAAACUCCACCAGUUAUCUCACAGAAAUUUUUAAAUCCACUUCUAUUCUCUCAGUACGUCAGAGCAAUGACUCAGAUUGUAUCUAUAUCUGUGUGAUGACAGGGCAGACAGGGAAAAAUCUCUCUGACUUUUGGGAAAUAUUAGAGAAGUCUCCUGUUAUUAAUUACACAUUUUCCAGUAACACAUCAUCUGACCUGGACCUAGAAUCGAUUUUCUCAAGUUUCGUGAAAUUACAGGAAGAGCCAAACAAGACCCUGGAUCCAUCAGCAGAACAUGUGUGGACACUUAAAACCACCAGGAUCCCUCUUGCCCAGAAAGGGGAGGAAAUCCCCACCACGAGGUUCUCACCGUGGCCAAAGACAGCUGGAGCAAAAGGACCGUGGUUUCCAUCACCCCAUGUGGAAGCUUCCAGAUCACAAGGCACAGCUGGAUCCCCUCCUACACCUGGGAGGAGCUCAGUCCCAGCCCCAGCCCCACAGCCCAGCCCCACUGACAUGCCCAUGUUUUGGAUGCAGACAGUGUCUCUACAAGAAACCAGCAAACAGAUACAAACAGAGCCAGAUUUGCCUUCCUCAGUGCUGUCUGUGCCACCCUCCUACAGACCUGGUGUGACACUGAAACUUUACUCAGCAACCAGGUGCCCACAGGCAAUCCUCAGAGAGCCUCGUGUGACCUCCCCUCCUGUCACUCUUAUAGUGCAGAAGAUCAACCCCUGUGUGAUGGAGCUCUGUAGGUUCUUUCAGCUGUGCCUCUGUGUUGGUCAGAGAAGAUAUUCCAGAAAGGAAGCCAUGAGGUACUGUGUUGAAUACUAUUCCUGGUUUGUGAAAAAUGCAAGUUAUGUCUGUGAAAGAGUCAAAAGAGUUACUUACUCCCACACCUUAAAGCAAAAAUGCCUCAAAAACAUCUGUGCGUCAGUUUAGAGCAUUGAGAAAUGAUACUGCAAGUUGGAAGACUGUGGCAGUUUUAGUUGUCUUUUUUGAUUUCUCAGUGUAAACACCAGAAUGCAACAUAUUUUUUGCAAAUAUUUGUAAUAAGAAAAUCUAUUAACCAGAUGUUAAACCUAGAAACCUCUCUUCCUCCAAGGCAUUGUAUAAAUAAUGUGUACAAACAGAUAUAUUUUAUACAAGUGAUGUAACUACAAUAAAAGAAUUGAAAGGCUUUUAAAAA